UAUAUAAUAAUACACACUAUAAAUGAUUGAUAUAUAUUUAAAAUAAUUUGCUGCCCUUACGUCAUUAUUAUUAUUAUUUUUUUUAAUUUCGGAGCAGUUUUCUUUUAUUUAAAAAAUAAAAGCUAGCCGGUUAAAACCAAACAACUAUUCAUUUUGACGCUAGUUGUGGUUCGCUACAUACCUAGCGUGCUAGCUAGCUUGCUUAGCAACUUAAUCAGAGACCAGUACAGUGCUAGCGGUUAGACUGGUACUCAACCGCAGCUAGCACGCUAGCUAGCCGAACCAUUCAUGUUCUGUAUGUAAACAUCAGGAAUAAAGCAGCGGUGAGAUUUCCACAUCGAAGACGAAGAGAUUUUUCCUUCAAGGAAGAGCUCCAAGAAGCUCUGGAUGCGCGGGUGAUGAUGCGAGUGCCUCGUCCCCGUCCCUGCGCCCGCUGAGCCGUCACGUUUCCACCCUUUGAGCGGGAUCUGCGACGCAGCUAUGAGCUCGGUGCUGUGGAGUCAGGAGAAGGGGGCGGGCAGCCCGCGGGACGACUGGCGCUUCUUCAUGCUGCUGAAGGAGUGCGUGGUGGAGAAGGCGGCGCAGAAGGUGGUGCGUGUGCCGCGUGGCAGCCUGGGGCAAGUCUGCCCCGAGCGCACCAGCCUGGGCCGCCCGCUGCCCCCCGCUAAGGGCAAGCGCAGCCUGCGAAUUCUGGAUCAGAGCAACGUGGUGGCGAGCGUAGACGAGCGAGACGCUCUGGAGCUGGACGAGGCUCUAGCCGAGCUGCUCUUCCCCAUCACCAACUGCGAGGAGCGCUACGGGCUGCUGUGCGACACGCCGCGUCUCCAACGGGCUCGCGCCAUCCGCUGCGGCUCCAGGGUGCGAGUGCAGCUGCGCUCCGGCGACCCGCCGUUACCCGGCGUCGUCAGGUUCAAAGGAGCUCUGCUGCCUGACCGCGCUCUCUCUGGGAUCUGGUUCGGCGUCGAGCUGCUGGAGGAGGGCCGUGGUCAGGGUUUUACAGAGGGCUCGUAUCAGGGCCAGCAGCUGUUCCGCUGUGAGGACGAGUGCGGCGUAUUCGUUGCUCUCGAUAAACUGGAGCUCUGGGAGGACGAGGAUCUGGAUGUGGAUCACCUGAGCCUGGUGGACAACGAGCCGGAUGUGGAAGUAGAUUUCUCCCCUCUGGAGCUCAACUCUCGUGUCCUGGUGCAAACACACGAGGGGCCCGAACGCGGCACAGUCAUCUUCUGUGACCUUUUACCCGGCAACGAGACCCUCGGCUAUUACGUCGGUGUCGAUAUGGACAAUCCCAUCGGAGACUGGGACGGCGUGAUCGACGGGAAACUGCUGUGUAAUUUCGCCAGCCUCGAGCACACCCGUCUCGUGCCCAUCUGUGAUGUCAUGCCAGAGUACUCCAUGCAGGACCCGAGGCUGUCCAAAGCCAGCUUUACUCCCAGAGGGAGCAGUGAGAAGUCUGGCAGUCAGAGCAAACCAAAGAGCAAAGGUACUACAGCCUGCGCUGCCAGCAGGAGCAAGUCUGAGUUUUAUUAUACGCUAAACGGCAGCUCUGUCGAUCAUCCGAGCCAGUCCAAAUCCAAAAGCACGUGGUACAUAGACGAAGUGGGCGAAGACCCAGCCAAGUCCCUGACGGAAACCCCGCCCGACUUCAACCAGGCCUCGCCGCCUCCCCGAGCCCCGCCCACCGUUCCCUCACUGUCCAGUGACAACAAGUUCCACUCGCUGCCCUUCAGCCUGAGUCGAAAGACCGGCCCCAAUGGGAGCAUGAGCCAUGGGCCGCUCUCACUAUCUGUCCAGUCGGUGAUGGGAGAACAGCAGGAGGCUCCGCCCCCUCCGACAGCUCCCUCUCCGAGGCCACCGUCGCCCCCUAAAGGUCAGCCGGGGUUAGAGGUCGGGUCACUGGUAGAGGUGAAGGAGAAUCCGCCCCUGUGUGGCGUGAUACGCUGGGUGGGCCUCCCGCCUGGACUGCUGGAGCCUCUUGCAGGGCUGGAGCUGGAAGAGGAGUGUGUAGGAUGCACUGACGGUACUUUUAAAGGCACGCGCUACUUUACCUGUCCUCCAAAGAAAGCUUUGUUUGUGAAACUGAAAUGCUGCCGACCAGAUUCACGCUUCCCUUCACAACACCACUCGCCCAAUCCAAUCGAACGCUGCAAUUCUAUAGCGUUUGGUGGUUACCUGAGCGAAGUAGUGAACGAGAACACUCCUCCUCGUAUAGAGAGCGAUGGCCUGGACGUGAUGGUCGGGAAGAAGAAAGGCAUUCAAGGCCACUACAACUCCUGUUACUUGGAUUCAACGCUCUUCUGUCUGUUCUCGUUUAGCUCGGUCUUGGACACGGUGUUACUGAGGCCGAAGUCUAAGACCGACGUAGAAUAUUACCUGGAGACCCAGGAGCUGUUACGCACUGAGAUAGUCAACCCACUGCGGAUUCACGGUUAUGUCUGCGCGACUAAGAUCAUGAAGUUGCGGAGAAUUCUAGAAAAGGUGGAGGCUGCUUCAGGAUUCACGUCUGAGGAGAAAGAUCCUGAAGAGUUUCUCAACAUCCUGUUUCACCACAUCCUGAGGGUCGACCCUCUGCUUAAGCUACGCUCUGCUGGCCAGAAAGUUCAGGACUGUUACUUCUACCAGAUCUUCAUGGAUAAGAAGGAUAAAGUGCUCGUGCCGACUAGCCAACAACUGCUGGAGUGGUCCUUCAUCAACAGUGACCUCAAGUUUGCUGAGGCUCCCUCGUGUCUCAUUAUCCAGAUGCCUCGCUUUGGGAAGGACUUUAAGAUGUAUAAUAAAAUUUUCCCGUCUCUGGAGCUGGACAUCACGGAUCUUCUGGAAGACACACCCAGAGAGUGCCGUAUCUGUGGCUGUUUAGCUCUCUAUGAGUGCAGGGAGUGUUAUGAAGAUUCUGACAUCACAGCAGGAAAGAUUAAGCAGUUCUGUGAAAAGUGCAAUACGCAGGUGCACCUGCACCCGCGGCGUAAGAGUCAUCGCUACAGUAAGCUCUCCUUACCUAAAGAGCUGCAGGAGGGCUCGUGGAGACAGGCUUCGUUCCCCCGCCAGCAGAUGGAGCUGUUCGCCGUGCUCUGCAUCGAGACCAGCCACUAUGUGGCCUUCGUCAAGUACGGCUCAGCCCCGUCCUCCUGGCUCUUCUUCGACAGCAUGGCCGACCGAGACGGUGGCCAGAACGGCUUUAACAUCCCGCAGGUGUCCCCGUGUCCUGAAGUGGGAGCGUACCUAAAAAUGACCCCUGAAGAGCUCCACGCCCUCGACCCUAAAAACAUCCAGGGCUACGCGCGCCGCCUGCUCUGCGAUGCUUACAUGUGCAUGUACCAGAGCCCUACCAUGAGCCUGUAUAAAUAGAAAGCGAGAGAAAGGAAAGAGAAGGGUAGACCUCGAAGGACAGACGAAGAGACGAGCCGACGAGCAGAAACAAAAGAGGCGGAGAUCAAAACUGACAUUUGGACGGAGAAGGACUUCAUCGCACAGAACCAACACUCCCUGUAACUGUUACCGUUAUGCCUGAUUCUCUGUGUAUAUAGUCAAGUAUGAGGAGGGGAAGAAAAGCUGAUUUGCACUGUUUUUGUGUGUGUUUUUAUUUGUGUGUGUGUGUGUGUGUGUGUGUGUGUGUGUGUGCGUGCGUGUAUCAGAGUAUAUCGUAAUUUUAGGGGCGAACAGUAACCCGAAACGGUGUCGUCUUUAUGUUUUGUCGCUCCAGUACAGCGGGAAGGAACUUCCGCACCACAUACCGAUCCGAAACCUUACCAGAUGCUCCGUACUUAUUCUUCAUAAAUCCGUCUAUAAAACACGUCCAACGCACGCUCGACGCGAGUUUACGAUCCGUAGCGUCUCCGGAUUCCGUUUUCAGCCUCUGUGUUUUGCUGUGACGUUUGUGUCUCGUGUACCGACCUACAGCGUAAAAACGAUCUGAAAACGCAAGAGAAAGCUUUUAUACACUUACUGAAGUGCGACACUGUUCAUAAAGCACACGUCGUUUUGUUUUGGUUUAAAAUUCACGGUAAAGCUUUGCGCGUUCUAUAUUAAAGAAAGCAGGAAUAUUGACUUUACCUGCUUGUGGUAUGGCUAUACGCUAUGCUGUAUAAUAUGCUAUGAAUCUGCCUAUUAUAACACCAGCUAACAGUUCAUCAGUAUACACGGUGUGAUACGUUCCCACCCCGAAGUUGAUUAUUUUCCAAUAACAGCAGGGAUUUUUUAUUUUUUUUUAAAAUUUUAAUUCCUGUUACAACGCAGCAAUUCGACAACGUUUCCAUUGUUAAAGAACGUUACGUUGUAGUUUUUAUUAUUGUUUUUUUUUUUUUAUGCAUUUAACGUUGUGGAACAUCCACAAAGCAAAUUAGUUCCUGUUAUCACUUGCACUAUAGCAGCAUCAGUCCAUCCCCUACCCCCCCCCCCCUCCCCCCCCCCUUUCUUGACGUUAAUAAGAUGAAACGUACAAAGCCGUCUGUCCUGUUCAUUGCACGCACAAAAAAGACAUCUGAGCAAGUGAAAAUAUUUUGAAUAUUGUCCAAUCUGUCUAGUAUCAGAUCACAGUAAACCAAAUCGGAGAUAUUAGACGUUUUCUUCUCAUCCCAAGCUUAAAAUAAAUGUUCCUGCUUCCGCUGGAAUUUUAAGUAGUUUUUUAAAGAAACAAAAUGAAAUGCUGAUAGAAUAAGAACGUUUAAAAUCAGUCCAGAAAUAAGUGAAGGAUCGUCUAUUUGUUGUGUUGUAACGUUAUAAUAGGAAAUACUAGACAAUAUGACUGUAUUAAAGUUUUUUUUUUUUCACUUGCUAAGAUGCCGUUUUUUUGCAGUUACAACUUAAAGUUACAUUGCAGAAAUGAAUGAUAGCAAGUGAAGAUAUCUUGAAUAAAGCAAAAGUUAUCUCAUGGCUUAUUAUGAGAUUAUUCUUUAGCAAGUGGAAGACUAUUCGACCGAUUUCUAGACAUGUGUACUCAUUUCAGUCUUAAAAUUCGAUUCUCAUUUCUAUCGGCAGAUGAUUUUUCUUCUUUCUGGAAAUGAAUGCAGGAAAUAAUCCAAAUUAAGCUUGGAAUUCGUAAAUAUAUCUAGGAAUGGGUUUAGUAAUCUUAUGUCUGUUUAAGAAUCGAAUCUAAUAAAGAGAAAUAAUUUGCUGAAGUUGCUUAUAAAUUUUUUUGCAGUGUAGCUUUACCUCUGACUGUUACACUGUUAAAAAACAAAACAAACUUAAUAAAUAUCAAGUAAAAAUAUCUUGAAUAUAGGCAAAUUCAACUAAUAUUUUUAUUUUAAAAAAAGAGUGUACCUUGGAUCAAAGUAAAAAAAAAAAAAAUUCUUGUUUUUUCUCAACUGAAAAAAAUGUUUCUGUAGCUUUUUUUUUAUUUGAGAGGAAAAAAAGAUGAAUUUUUUUUAAUCUAAGGUUAAUUUUUCAGAUUAUGUUCAUAUUUCUUGUGAUGUCAAGCUUGAAGUGAUAAAGUUUUUGAAUUUUAAACAGUGUUUAUUUCUAGAAAGAAGAAAUAAUUGAGCAAAAUUCUAUAAUAAUCUCAUAAUGAGGAAAUAUUAGCUAACUCUUCCUUCUUUCACUUGCGAAGAUGUCAUUUUUUGCAGUGUACAAAGCACUGACACUGGAGACUCCUUCCAAAAAAAAAAAAAAAAAAGUUAAACAUCUCAUAACAGAAAAUGUAACAAUAUCAAUGAUUACAUGCUUUUUUUAAAAAAAAAAAACCGAUUGAAUCCGUUUAUGUGCAGCCGGAACUAUAUUCAAAACUGCUGUUUUAGAAAAUUAAUCAACUCCUUCCUUCCUUCGUUCUAAACCAAUCAGAUUUGAGAAUUCAACAGUGCUUGGGUCUGUGUGUGCUUUAUUAAGAAGUGUGCACAUUUCCUGUUUGUGCUUGAAUAAUGCAAAUUUUCUGAAGGUAUUGGGUCAAACAUCAGUACAUCUGCCAUGUGGUUACACUUUGUACGUUACGUCCGCGCACUGCUCCACUCCCUGUCACAGUUUACUGGUGGUCAUGUAGUCGGGAUGAUGUUUUCUACUGAGCAAAGCCUAAUCAGCAUUGUAGCAGGUGUAGCUUCUACACCACUCCUAAUCCGAAAUUUGGAACAUUGGUUAUCCCAGGGUUUGCUAACGUAUGUGCGAGUGUGUCGAUGGUUUUAUAGCUCAUCUAUAAGGAAGAGUUCCGUGUACUGUAAGUGUCCAAGUCUGAAGUUGGAGAUCGUGGAAGAAGAAUGCAUCAUAGGUCAACCCUGCUGAUCUCUUUUUUUUUUUUUUUUUUUUUAAUUUUAAAUCUGAUUUCUAAUUAAACCAAAAAAAAAAAAAAAAGAUAAAGAAAAGAUUCCCAUUUGGUUCAGAAUUCAGCUGGUUUUACGCGAUGUGGAAUUAAUAAUGGUGUGUUGUCCAGACUCCUUUGAUCUUUGCACUGAUUCAGGUGGAGAACUGUAAAGGCUUGUGAUGGUGCUUCAGUGUUGUACAGCCGGAAUAUGCCGUGUCUGGUGUACCUGUUCAACUCGAACCCUGGUUUUGUUUCUUUGUGCUCUUCUCAUGAAUGUUAACUAAAUUAAAACCCCAUUUCCAAACCAA